CUUAACCCCACCGAGUAGAGAAGAUGAGACUGGCACAGGGACCUGGCACUGCCUUACCCCCAGCACUUGGGAUUUUGGCAGAAACACCUAGUUUUCUUGAGGAAACACAAGUGCCAAGGUCCAGUCCUGCUCUGAGGCCCAUCCCAGCAGAAGGAGUAGCAGUGCUUGCCCCUUGGCAGCAGGGCAGGGACUAAUCUGGUGUUUCUUCCUCCCAUGCAGGACAUGCCUGGUUGCUGAGCAGAACUGAAGAGCCAGCUGCUGAGGAGGGGCCUGGAAAGCUGGAGCCAGCAUGGGCUUCCCUGGGGAGUAUGGGUGAGGUGGAUUCCCUGACCCCAGCAACAGACCAAUGGCACAAGGGUCAGGGGAUGCUCCAAAAGCAGGAGAAUGUAGCAGUGAACAAGGUCCCGUCUCUAUUUGGGCAUUGGAGUGAAGAAGGGAAACAAGCCCAAAACAGCCCAAGGUCCAGGGAUGAAUUUGUGGUGCUGAGACACCAGAAGAGGCAGAAAGGAAAGGCCCACUGGAGAGAGACACUGCAUGCAAGGCAAGGCAGUAUGGGGGGCCUCAGAGGGAAGCAGGAGCCUACCACCAAGCACAGGGGGAGAGCCCACUCCUGCCCUGAGUGCAGGAAAAGUUUUAGCUGCCCCUCAGUCUUGGCUCUGCACAAGAUAAAGCAUGCUGGGGAGAAGCCCCAUGUUAGCACCAAGUGUGGGAAGAGCUUGACCAGCCUCUCUGUGCAGAGGAGGCAGCAGCCACACGGCUGCACAAGGUGUGGGAAGAGCUUCAGGCAGCCCUCCAGUCUAGCCAGGCACAGGUGCAUGCACACAAGGGAGAAGCGUCAUCCUUGCUCUGUGUGUGGGAAGAGUUUCACCUGGUCCUCUGACCUGGUCCGUCAUCAGCUGAUCCACACAGGGGAGAAGCCACAUCAUUGCUCUGUGUGUGGGAAGAGCUUCGCCCAAUCGUGGAACCUGACCAAGCACCAGCGCAUCCACACAGGGGAGAAGCCAUAUCAGUGCUCUGUGUGUCAGAAGAGCUUCACCUACAUCUCCAGCCUGAAACAGCACCAGCAUAUCCACACAGGGGAGAAGCCAUUUCAGUGCUCUGUGUGUGGGAAGAGCUUCACCCAGUCCUCCCACCUAGCUGAGCACCAGCGCCUCCACACAGGGGAGAAGCAACAUCGCUGUUCUGAGUGUGGGAAGAGCUUCACCCGACCCUCCCACCUGACCCAUCACCAGCUCAUCCACACAGGGGAGAAGCCACAUCAGUGCUCUGUGUGUGGGAAGAGCUUCACCAACCGCUCCGGUCUGACCCGGCACCAGCUCAUCCACACAGGGGAGAAGCCACAUCAGUGCUCUGCGUGUGGGAAGAGCUUCACCAACCGCUCCUGUCUGACUCGGCACCAGCUCAUCCACACAGGGGAGAAGCCAUAUCACUGCUCUGUCUGUGGGAAGAGAUUCACCCAGCGCUCCCACCUAGCUGAGCACCAGCGCAUCCACACAGGGGAGAAGCCACAUCAGUGCUCUGUGUGUGGGAAGAGCUUCACCUACAUCUCCAGCCUGACACUGCACCAGCGCAUCCACACAGGGGAGAAGCCACAUCAGUGCUCUGCAUGUGGGAAGAGCUUCACCAACCGCUCCAAUCUGACACAGCACCAGCGCAUCCACACAGGGGAGAAGCCAUAUCAGUGCUCUGUGUGUCAGAAGAGCUUCACCUACAUCUCCAGCCUGAAACAGCACCAGCAUAUCCACACAGGGGAGAAGCCAUUUCAGUGCUCUGUGUGUGGGAAGAGCUUCACCCAGUCCUCCCACCUAGCUGAGCACCACCGCCUCCACACAGGGGAGAAGACACAUCGCUGUUCUGAGUGUGGGAAGAGCUUCACCCGACCCUCCCACCUGACCCAUCACCAGCUCAUCCACACAGGGGAGAAGCCACAUCAGUGCUUUGUGUGUGGGAAGAGCUUCACCAACCGCUCCGUUCUGACCCGGCACCAGCUCAUCCACACAGGAAAGAAGCCACAUCAGUGCUCUGCGUGUGGGAAGAGCUUCACCAAGCGCUCCUGUCUGACUCGGCACCAGCUCAUCCACACAGGGGAGAAGCCAUAUCACUGCUCUGUCUGUGGGAAGAGAUUCACCCAAUGCUCCCAUCUAUCUGAGCACCAGCGCAUCCACACAGGGGAGAAGCCACAUCGCUGUUCUGAGUGUGGGAAGAGCUUCACCCGACCCUCCCACCUGACCCAUCACCAGCUCAUCCACACGGGGGAGAAGCCACAUCAGUGCUCUGUGUGUGGGAAGAGCUUCAGCCGAUCCUCCCACCUGACCCGGCAUCAGCUGAUCCACACAGGGAAGUAGCCACAUUAGUGCUCUGCAUGUGGGAAGUGCUCCACACUGUCCUUCAGGUGGGCCUAGCCCCAGCAUGUCUACACAGGGGACAAGCCACAUCAGUGCUCUGUGUGUGGGAAUAGCUUCCCCCACUCUUCCCAUAUGGCCCAGCACCAGCUUAUCCACAAAAGGGAGAAGCCAGAUCAGUGCUAUGAGUGUGGGAAGAGCUUCACCCCCUCUUCCAAGCUGGCCCAGCAGCAGUGCAUCCACAAAGGGGGAGAAGCCACAUCAUUGCUCUUAGUGGAGGCAGAGCUUCACCUACUCCGGCAGCCUGUGCCGAACACCAGUGCAUCUACACAGGGGAGAAGCUACAUCGGUGCUCUGAGUAUUGGAAAAGCUUCCCCCAUCUCUCCCACCUGUCCCAGUAUCAGCACAUCCACACCCAGAAGCAUCUCUAUUUCUGCCAGCCGUGCAGGAAGCCCUGGGAGAUGUCUGCCUGCUCAGCACCCACCAGUGGUGCAUUCAGACAAGCACCCUCAUGCUGGUGACCUGAACAAAGAGUUCCCCCAGGCUUUGUCCCUUGUAGGGCACAGUGGGAGUCCAGAACCCAGACACUCACCCCCAAGUUUUGAUUGUGGGGAAGGGGUAAGAAGAAACACCUCAGGCAGAGAUCAGCCCCAACGAAGGGGAGAUGAGAUUUGUUUUUUGUAAAAAUAUAUUUCUCUCUCUAUAUAUGGUUGUAUGUAUCUAAACCGAUCCUGUUACAGAAAAAAAAAAAACCCUGCACCCUUGUACCCACACUCCUGUGCACCUGAGCACCCGUACAAAGGCCCGCUGGCCACCCGUACCCAUUACAAUGUCUGAAGCCACGUGCAAAACACACACAAUGCACCCAGUCCUUUCUGGUCUCUCCAACCAGCCCUCCCUUCACACCUAGUCAUGCCCCGUUUCUGGGGUCAGGUACUCUGCUCAACUGGUCUCUUCUUCAUUGUCACUCCAGCUUCCACUGGAGGACCCACUGCUGCUGCUGUUGUCACUGUGGCUGUCCUCCAUACCACUUGUCUGGUCCUCUUCUCUGCUGCCAUCGCUCUCUUCUUUUGUUGGUGGGGGUUGUAUGGUCCUGAGCCACGUGUCCCUGUGCCAGAUAGUGUUUGCUGCGUCUUCUCCAUGUGAUGAGGAGAUGAUCUUUGUAUCAGGCUUGGAGCCUAUGCAUUCCCCAUCAUGAAUUAAAAGCAGAUAGUAGUCCCA